CUUCUGCCCACACUGUAUACAACCUGGUGAGCCAGGAAGCCUUUGUCAUCUGGAGUUGCUGGUCAAUAUUGAAGCUAAAAAUUUAAUUUUUAACAGAGUGUGGGCUUUGCUUUGGAGUCGCUUUGCUGCAGCAUGGUGUUGGGAUUACCAGAACUGUAUGGCCUGUUGCGAAAGAGCCAACACAUCAGUGAUGAGGGCCUCGUUUGACUUGUGGGUGCCCUGACCCUGGAGCUGCACGAUUGGUGGGGGCAUGUGUGAGAGCAGUGUCCGAGCACAGAUUAGCUGCUGCUGCGGCCCUUCACCCUGCUCGCUGUGCUGUCCGUUCCUGCCGGGAAUUAAAGUCUCCACUGGGUCCCGGUUGAUGUACACGUUGUAUCACAUUGUCAGUUCCACUGGAUGUUGCCUACUGCUCUCCAGGACAGUCGCAGAGUCAAUGAAAGACAGGGUGCCAUUCUUCAGGUCUCUCUGUGAGCAGCUGCAGCCAGGCUCAGACUGUGACAUGUUAAUCGGAUACUCGGCAGUGUACAGAGUGUGUUUCGGCACAGCCUGCUUCUACCUGCUAUUGUGUGUGAUUCUCUUCAACGUCAAGUCCAGUCGGGAUUUCAGAGCCCUGAUUCACAACGGGUUCUGGUUUGUGAAAUUCCUGGUGUUGGUUGGGAUCUCUACUGCUGCGUUUUUUAUUCCCAAUGAAUCGUUUUUGCACGUUUGGCGAUACGUCGGUGUGACUGGAGCACUCUUGUUCAUUCUGAUGCAGCUUUCCCUCAUCAGUGUCUUUGCACAUUUCUGGAACAAGAACUGGAUGACAGGAGCCGCACAUGGGAAGUGGUGGAGUCUUGCUGUGCUGGCCGUGACCCUGUUGUUCUAUGCCAUGGCAGUGACUGCGUUUUCACUCAUGUACAAGUUCUACACUCACCCUGCAGGCUGCCUGGUCAACAAGGCCUUGCUCAUCUUGAACAUCAGCUUGUGUUUCGUGGUCUCAGUGUUAUCCCGGAGUCAGUGUGUACAGGAGAGGCAGCCCCACAGCAGUCUGCUGCAGGCCUCCAUCAUCAGCUGCUACGUCAUGUACCUGACGUUCUCCGCCCUGUCCAGCCGCCCCCCAGAGACUGUGCAGUAUCAGGGCCAGAACAUCAGUGUGUGCUCCCCAAGUGUCACGGAGGAUGGCGUUCGGGCUGAGGGCAGGACGAUUGCCAUCGUUGGAGCUGCUGUCAUGUACUGCUGCGUGCUGUUCGCUUGCAAUGAAGCCUCUUACCUGGCCAAGGUGUUUGGGCCAUCGUGGAUGGUCCGUGUCUACCGAUACGAGUUCAAGAAAGCGUCGUGUUGCUUCUGCUGCCUGGACGGGGAACUGCCGAGCUGCGAAGUGGAGGUGACCGGAGGCCAGGAGGUGAUCCAUGAUGAAAGGGACCAAGUGACCUACAGUUAUUCCUCCUUCCACUUUGUGUUCUUCUUGGCCUCACUCUAUGUCAUGAUGACCCUGACCAACUGGUUCAACUAUGAGUCUGCCACACUAGAGACGGUGUUUUCCCAGGGGAGCUGGUCCACAUUCUGGGUGAAGAGCUGUUCCUGUUGGCUGUGUCUCCUGCUCUACCUGCUGAUCCUUCUGGCGCCACCUUGCUGUGUGGACAGUGAGAGACGCCGUGCGGUCCAUGUGAGGUAGCUACCUGCCAGGAUUGGCAUCCCUCUCCGGCAUUGGGAAUUCUCACUGGAAUUGGGAACACUUCCCGGGAAUGGGAAUGUUCUCCGGGAUUGGAAACACUCUCCAGGAUUGGGAACACUCUUCAGAAUUGGGGACACUUUCUGGGUUUGGAAACCCUCAUCAGGAUUGGGAACGCUGUCCAGGAUUGGCAAUGCUUGUCGGGAUUGGGAAUGCUUGUCGGGACUGGGAAUGCUUUUCAAGAUUAGGAAUGUUCUCUGGGAUUGGAAACACCCUCCAGGAUUGGGAACACUCUCUGGGACUGGGGAUACCCGCUGGGAUUGGGAAUGCUCACCGGGACUGGGAGCGCUGUCCAGGAUUGGGAAUGCUUCUCAAGAUUGGGAACACUCUCUAGGAUUGGGAAAGCUCAUCAAGAUUGGGAACACUCUCCGGGAUUGGGAAUGCUGUACAGGAUUGGUAGCAUGCUCUGGCAUUGGGAACUGUGGGGUUUUUUUUCAGAAGCAACAGCAAGCUCGAUGGAAUCUUCUAGAAGCCAAUCUGAUGCUUCCUUUCACAAACACCAAGGCAACAGCACGUGAGCCUGAGGUCGUUCUGGAUUUCAUCUCUGCAGUUGGAUACGAUGGCCUUGUGACUCUAACAUUGUUCAGGCGAUUCCGAGAGUUCAAAUCCCACCAGAACAGUCUCCAAAAUCAAACUGAAUACAUCAGGCAGCACGAGAAUUGACCAGAAGAAUCAACUGGAUCUCCUGCUUUUCCUAAACCCAACCUGUUGAUUAAUAUCCUUUGGGGAAGGGAAUCUGUAAUCCUACUGAGCCAAUCUGGUCUUCACAUGACUCCAGCCCCACUCUCUGUGUGUGACCCCUGAAGCAAACAAAGAACUUCCUUAAACAAGUGGGUGCAAAUGACAACAGGUUGUGAUUGAGCAAAUUUUGAUUUGAUUAAACAAAGAAUUGCAAAUGCUGAAGAUCAGAAACAAACGCAGGAAAUGCUGGAGAAACUCAGCAGGUAUGGCAGCCUCUGCAGAGAGAGAAACAGAGUUCACAUUUUCGGCCUGGGCUGACCCUAGUUCAGAGACUGUUUCCAGUGACUCAAGGACACAGAAGGAAGAGAAUGGGGAAAGAACUACAGGGAUAGAGGGGAUUGGGAUCUGAUGCAUCCUGCCUGAAGUGGAUUCAACAGGAGCAUUCAGGAGGGAAUUGGAUAAACAUUGAAGGAAAGGAUGGGGGAAAAGCAGGCGAGUGGAGUUCCUUGGAUUGAUAUUUCAAGGAGCUAGCACAGGCACACUGAGCUGAAUGGCCUCUUUCCAUGUCUUUCUUGCCAGGAACAGGACUGGCCCCCACCUCAGGGUCACAACCGUAUCAACUGUCAGUCUCCGAGCUGGGAUUUUCCGGAGCUUUCUUUGCAGACCUGUAAUUCUAGGCAGCCCUUUGAUUAAUUCUCUAUCACUUGACGAUACAAUGGGAUAGAUUCUAGUGUUUACAUGGGUCACACCAACUCUAACACUCUUGCAAGCACAUGGAUAGAGAUUGGGAAUCUGUCUGUAAUUGUUCAAAGCUCAGAAUCUGGAGAUGGGAAUCUGCUGAGGCUGCGCUUUGCUCCAAGAACUCUCUAUCCUUAACGAGAGCUUUCAAACUGGGCCACGGUAAAUGGCUGUAUUCAAUAACCUGAACAUUAUAACAUUCUCAAUAAACCUGCUGCACUGGCCUCAGUUUGUCAUUGGGUUUGGGCCAGGUCUUUACUCUCUGCGAAUCAAUCAUUGCCCCGAACAAUAUUGAAGCUUCAAGUAGGGAGUUUAGUAAAAUCUUCCCAUUUUCAGAUGUUGCUGGUUUAUCAGAUUUAUUCUAUUUCAGAGUGCAUCUUGGCCAUUACCCUUAACACGACUGAGACUCCUCACACUAGCUGUGACCCCUUACACUGGCUGUGACCCCUCACACUGUCUGGGACUCUCACACUGGCUAUUGGCCCCUCACACUGUCUGGGACCUCUCACACUGGCUAUUGGCCCCUCACACUGUCUGGGACCUCUCACACUGGCUAUUGGCCCCUCACACUGGCUGUGACCCUUCACACUGACUGUGACCCCUCACACUGACUGUGACCCCUCACACUAUCUGGGACCUCUCACACUGGCUGUGACCCCUCACACUGACUGUGACCCCUCACACUGACUGUGACCCCUCACACUGUCUGGGACCUCUCACACUGGCUAAUGGCCCCUCACACUGGCUGUGACCCCUCACCGACCAUUGACCCCUCAUACUGGCUGUGACCCCUCACACUGGUUAUUGACCCUUCACACUGGCUAUUGACCCCUCACACAGGCUGUGACCCCUCACUGACCAUUGACUCCUCACACUGGCUGUGACCCCUCACACUGUCUAUUGACCCCUCACACUGACUGUGACCCCUCACACUGUCUGGGACCUCUCACACUGGCUAUUGGCCCCUCACACUGGCUGUGACCCCUCACACUGUCUGGGACCUCUCACACUGUCUGGGACCUCUCACACUGGCUAUUGGUCCCUCACACUGGCUGUGACCCCUCACCGACCAUUGACUCCUCAUACUGGCUGUGACCCCUCACACUGGUUAUUGACCCUUCACACUGGCUAUUGACCCCUCACACAGGCUGUGACCCCUCACUGACCAUUGACCCCUCACACUGGUUAUUGACCCUUCACACUGGCUAUUGACCCCUCACACAGGCUUUGACCCCUCACUGACCAUUGACUCCUCACACUGGCUGUGACCCCUCACACUGGUUAUUGACCCUUCACACUGGCUAUUGACCCCUCACACAGGCUGUGACCCCUCACUGACCAUUGACUCCUCACACAGGCUGUGACCCCUCACUGACCAUUGACUCCUCACACUGGCUGUGACCCCUCACACUGUCUAUUGACCCUUCACAUUGGCUGUGACCUCUCACACUGGCUAUUGACCCCUCACACUGGUUAUGACCCCUCACACUGGUUAUGACCCCUCACACUGGCUGUGACCCCUCACACUGGUUGUGACCCCUCACAUUGGCUGUGACCCCUCACACUGGCUAUUGACCCCUCACACUGGCUGUGACCCCUCACACUGGCUAUUGACCCCUCACACUGGAGCAGUUUCACUUGUGAAGCACCCAGUGGUCUAAUAGUUCUGUCAUCACUUGGCAUCCCAAUGGUCACUGGUGCCAAUAAAACAGGGCUGAGUGAGUGACAACAGGGAAGACGGCACGGGAGUAAGAUCCCAUCUUAUACACCCAGAGGCAGUCGAAGGAAUAGCACAGACCCACACCCCAAUUUCUGCCAUUCCUUGACCAGCUCAGGUUUAAAUAUGGCUCUGCAAGACCCUGGGGCACUGAUGAGAGAAAAGUAGGAGCGAGGCAGUACCAGGCCGACAUUCCUAAAGAAAAUGUGAGUUGGUUCUUUAUGUCCUUCCAGUGAGUAAAUCGAUGAGCGAGUUGGCCUGUGAUUGUUUCUGAAACGGUGAAGGGGAUAUUGGCUGAGGCCUGAACAACUUCACUUUCUAUAGCACCUUUAACAUGUCAGCAGGAGCUCAAGCAACCAAAGCCUAUAACUGCUAGCCUGUGUGACGGAAUAUUUGAGCUGACCAAAAGCUGGGUCAUUGAGGUGGAUUUUAAGCAGGGUCUCAGAGGAUAACGGAAUGAUGUUGGGCUUUGGGUAUGCGGAGGCACGACAUAAAUGCAGUAAUCAUGCAUUUUGGUAUUGUUUCCGUUCCCUGGGUUUGUGUAAAAGCCACCCCAUGCUCACCUUAAGGUUUCCUGACAACACCUGAAUAUUUAAUUUACUACCAGAGGUACGAUCGAUGAGCAAGGCUGCCUCCCGGGGAGGGGCAGUUUCUAAUGUUGGGAGAGUGAUGGCCCCCAAAAUCUGAAUGCGAUGCCUCAAAAAACACAAAGGAACAAAGGAAUUGAACAGAUUAAGGAUGUCCAUGACCAUGGCAACUAUGCUUAAAAACACAAAAUAACAAAACAUGAUCACAGAAUAGGUCGAAGGAGCUGACUGGACAACUCUUGAUUGGGUCUAAUAGCUUUGAAGGGCUGAAUGGUCACUGCCUGUUCCUGUGUAACAGGUUUGAGGGGCCGAAUGGCCUCCUCCUGUUCCUGUGUAAUAGGUUGAGGGACUGAAUGGCCUCCUCCUGUUGCUAAAUAUGCAGGGCUAAAUACUUUAUUCAACUCUUCCUUUUCCUUCCUUCCCCUGCCUCCGCACUCUUCCUUGCUGUCCUUCCGAAUUCCAUCAUUACCUUUCCCCAUUACACUACUCCCCCUCAUAUCCCUUCACUCCCCCUUUGCCCCGUCAAUGCUAUUCUAGCUCUUUCUUUCUCUCCCUCCCCACCCCCUUCCCAGUUCCUCCGUUCCUGCCCCCACCCAACUUCUCCCUACCUCUUAGAAUAUGGAACAUAGAACAGUACAGCACAGAACAGGCCCUUCAGCCCACGAUGUUGUUGCCGACCAUUGAUCCUCAUGUAUGCACCCUCGAAUUUCUGUGACCAUAUACAUGUCCAGCAGUCUCUUCCUCCCCUUUUGUGGUUGAUUCUGCCUGGGCUUCAGUGACCGAUAUUCCAAUGGAUGGGUUGUGUAAUUGAUUACCCUAUCUGUUCACUGUCAUAUUAACUCAGAUCCACUUCAGAGAGCAGAUAUUUACAUGCACCAGCAGAAUUCUCCAUUGGUUACUUGUUAAACUGCUGGGCUGUUAAAUAACCUGCCUUCACAUUCCUGAAAUGUUUCAUAUUUGAUGAACUGGUGGCAAAGCUGGAGUUUCCUGAUCACACCCCACAACCUUUGCUAUCAGGGAACAACAGCAGAUUUCCUGCUGAACUAAAAUACAACAGUGGGAUUUGAACAUGUGUUCAUCCACUGACACCACACUGAACUUUGGUGACUGGAGUUAGUCCCCAGGAUGCUGAGCUCAGGGUCCAGAGCCCACGAGUUCAAAGAUUCAAUCAGUUUCAAAUGAAAAAUCAGACUCGACAAUGACACAGAUACACACAUAAACACACGACAUAGACACAAGACACUCAUAGACAGGGACACACAGACAACGACUCUCAAACAGAGCUGCACAUGUCCUGGUGUUUUACACAAACAGCUGUGAGUAAUGCUGUAAAAGAGAUGCAUGACAUGGAAGCUAUUCAUCUUGUGGGUCCUGGGGAGGUCGCUGAACAAAGGCAUCGAGGGGUACAAGUGUAUAUUUCCAUGAAAGUGGAGUCACAGGUAGACAGAGCAGCGAAGAAGGCAUUUGGCACACUUUCCUUCGUUGGUCAAUGCACUGAAUAUAGGACUUGGGAAAUCAUGUUGCAGUUGACACCACUUUUGGAACACUGCAUCUGAUUCUGGUCACCCUGCUAUCAGAAAGCUGUUGUUAAACUUGAAAGGGUUCAGAAAAGAUUUGCCAGAAUGUUGCCGGGGUUGGAGGGUUUGAGCUAUAAGGAGAGGCUGAUUAGGCUGGACUAUUUUUCCCUGGAGCAUCGGAGGCUGAGGGGUGACCUUACAGAGGUUUGUAAAAUCAUGAGGGGCAUGGAGAGGGUGGGUAGACAAGGUCUUUUCCCAGGGCAUAGGUUUAAGGUGAGAGGGGAAAGAUUAAAAAGGUCCUGAGGGGUAAGGCUUUCAUGUAGAGGGUAUGGGUGUGUGGAAUGAGCUGCCAGAGGAAGUGGUGGAGGCUGGUACAAUUACAACAUUUAAAAGGCAUCUGAAUGGGUACAUCAAUAGGAAGGGUUUAGAGGGAUAUGGGCCAAACGCUGGCAAAUGGCACUAUAUUAAUUUAAGAUAUCUGGGUAGCAUAGACAAGUUGGACUGGAGUCUGUUUCCAUGCUGUAUGACUCUAUGACUCUAGUAAUUGCAAGAAUAUCAAAUCUCAGUGGGAACAACAAUUUAUACUGAAUGAGAAAGUGGUUCAGAUUGGUUUGACUCUGCUUUGUAGGGAUGUCGCCAUGGAGAAUGUACCAGAAAUAUAAGAACUUAAGAGCUAGGAACAGCAGUAGGUCAUUCAGCCCCUCAAGCCUGCUAUGCCAUUUAAUACAAUCAUGGCUGAUCUUAUCUUGGCCUCACCUCACUUUCCUGCUUGUUCUCCACCACCCUUCAAUACAUUACUCAUUAAAAUUCUGUUUGUAACAGUUAACUGUCAAGGAAUAAAAUCAGAGGAUGUUGGAGAAACUUUGUAGGUCAGGCAGUAUCUGUAGAGAGAGAAAAACAGAGUUAGAAUUUCAAGUCUGACAUCACUUCUUGACAACUAAAGGUUCUGUAAAAAGGUGUUGGAAGAUAGAUUUAUUUAAGUCCUUUUGAUGAAGGCAGAUAAGAACCAAAAGGGCAGAUGGUAUACAGGUACCGAUGCAGAAGACAAAGGGGCUGUGAAAGAAAACAUGAAAUGCAAAAUUAUGUAAAUUAUGAUGUGAAAGAGAAAGAACUGAUUCUCUCUAAUGAGUGCAAAGUAAAGAAGUCAUAAAUACAACAUGGCUGUGUGUGGAGGUGAAGGUAAAAGAAAUGGACAUUGAUGUCAAUUUCUGAAGUAAUUGAAUUCGGUAUUCCUUGAGCUUAUGUGCUGCUUUGUUGGAACAUUGCAGGUAGCCCUGGACAGAAGUGUUUGUAUGAGAGCAAGGUGGUUUAUUGAAAUGGUAAGCAACUGGGAGGUCAGGGUCAUUCCUACAGUCAGGACGGAGUUGUCCUGCAAAACAGUCGCCCAAUCUAUGUUUGGUCCUGUCAAUGAAAAUUAUGAGGGACGUAAAUAAGGCAUACAGCAAAGAUCUUUUCCCUAAGGCACAGGAGUUCAAAACCAGGGGGUAUCUUUUUAAGGUGAAUGAAACUAUUGUGAGCUGUGAAUGCAGUACACUAGAUUGAAAGAAGUAGAAGUGCACUUCAGUUGGAAGGCAUAAUUAGAGUCUUGGACAAUGAGGAGGGAGGUGGUGAAUAGACAGUGAUGCAUCUUCUACAAUUGCAUGGUAAGGUGUCAUGGGGUAAUGAGGAAGCAUUAGGAGUAGACCAUGGUGUCAUGGAAAAAUAAUGAUGAGGCCAGGGAAAGAUAUGUUUGGUAGUGGAAUCCUGCUGAAGUUGGCUGAAGUGGCAGGGGAUGAUCCUUUGAAUGCAAAGCCCAGGGGCAUGAAAAGUGAGGUCAAGUGGAAUUAUUUCAUUAUUCAAGGUGAUUUAAUAAACUGGCAAGAAACUGGAAUGUCAGAUUCAUUCCUAUAGAUAGAGCGAAGGUGUUCUGCAAAAGUGGUCACCCAGUCUGCAUUUGGUCUUGCCAAUGUAAAGAAAACCGUAUUGUGAACAAUGAAUACAGUCGAUGAGAUUGAAAGAAGUAGAAGUAAAACAUAGCUUCAGUUGGAAGGUAUGUUUUAGGCCCUUGGACAGUGAGGAGGGUGGAGGUGAAUUGAUGAGUGUAGCUACUAUGGGAAAGAGAGGAAAUGUUUGAAAUGAUAGAGGGUGUCCGGGCUGUGACGGAGGCUGUCAACCUUGCCAAAUGCUGACAGACGAGCAGAGGGGAGGGAAGAUUGGGAGUGGAUGAUGCUUUGAAUGCAGAGAUCAGUGGGGUAGAAAGUAAGAGUUUUUUGUUCUGGGAAAAAGGAGAAGGGGUGAGAGCAGAAGUGCAGACAAGACUGAGGGUCCUGUCAACCACAAUGGGAGUGUGGUCUUUGCUUGAGGAUAAAGGCUAUCAUGUCAGAGGCAGCCCAGUGGAAGGCGGCAACAUCAGAACAGAUGCCACAGAGAUCGGGAAACCGGGAGAACGGAACAAAAUCCUUGCAGGUAACAGGGAAGGAAGAGAUGUAAUCGAGGUAACAGUGUGAGUCAGUGGGCUUAUAAUGGAUCUUCGUGGACAGCCUACCCCAGAAAUGGAAACAGUCAAGUCAAGGAAGGGAAGAGUCCAAGUUGGACCAGGCUGAAGGUAGGAGAAAGAUGUAAAUUGGCAACAAAACUGAUUAAUGUUUCAAAUUUUAGGUGAGAGCAGGACGCAACAUCAAAUGCAUUGGCGAUGCAACGUAGAAAGAUUUGUUGUUGGGAUCCUGAGGAGGACUGGAGAAAGGAAUGUUCCACAUAUCCAAAAAACCUCAGGCAUAACUGGCAAUCAUAGGCAUGUCUUUGACUUAGAGAAAUGGACUCCUCCACCCAUGCCAAAAGUAUUUUAAAAAGUCCUAUUUUCCAACAUGUUUCAGAUCUGAAGAAGAGUCAUACCGCACUUGAAAUGUUAACUCAUGUUUUCCUCUCUCCACAGAUGCUAUCAGGCAUGUUGAGUUUCUCUGUGGUUUUUUUUCAAAUUUUGAGCAUCUGAGGAAUUUUGCCUUAAUUCGAGUUAACUGUUAAGCUUUUGAUUGAUUGAAAAUGACCAGCGCUGUAAGUAAACAGAUGAAACUUCAGUGAACUACACUGCAAACCCAAUUUAUAAUCUUAAAUCAGUGGCUCAUGUCAUUUUCAGCAACAUCAGGAUUGCUUAGCAAGUGUUAUCCAAUCACAGAUUCACCUCUAAUAUUGGACAUAAUGUUCUUAAGUUUGACAAGUUUGGGCUUAGGACUCUUAUGGCGCAAUGGUAGUGUCUCUGCCUCUGAACCAGGAGACCCAGGUUGAAGCCCCAUUUAUGCAGAGUUUGAAAUGGAUUAUAUUAAAUGUGCCCACAAUGAAAGUUCCUGCUAUUGGUCCCUCGUUAUUUCAGGAAUCAAUAACUUGUCACAAUGUUACUUUUCAACCUCUUUAACUGAGUGCGGCAAAAAUCUUCACUUCUCCAAUGAAAAGGGAGUGGAAUAGAGAUUAUUUAAAGAUUGUUUGUCCUCACUGGAGAAUGUGUGCAGACAAAAACAAAACACAACAUUUUUAAUUUGAUGGAUUUAUUGAAUUCUUUCCUGCUGGUACAUGAUAGACUUAAGUUUAAAAUUGGAGAAUGCGACAUUUUAGCACAGAAUGAAAAAUCUCAGGUCAGGAAUUUGUUGGUGCAUUCGAACUGGCCUGUUCUCGCCCUACUGUCCCCCUCUCCCCCUCCUCCACUCUCCUCCCCCAACCCCCUCUCCCUCUCCCCCUCUU